AUGUGGAUGUAUGUGUACAUGUGUUGCAGCUUCGUAAUUCAUCCCGUUUUUAGCAGUUAUAUUGAUCACGAAGAUUACAAGUUUUAUGAAGGGCAGUAUGGUUUCACGAGGUAUCGUCUACUUUUGGACAAAUACAAGAGAAACACCGCAUAUGAAAUAUGUCAGCUUUAUGGAGGAAACCUCAUUCGUCCCGACAGUAUACAAAAGCUACAACGUCUGAUUCAUCUCAACAAAGCAGUGUGGCAGUUUGAAAUGCAUCAUGAUUUCUGGAUUGACCUUGUACGUGAACCGGACACCAACACAUUCACAUGGACGUCUGACUGUACGGCUUUAGACCCAUCAACUGAUUGGCACUGCAUGCUUCCCAACUUUGACGACAAUCCCGAUAAGCUAUGCAUAGUGUCGAAACAUGGAAAUUAUUGGAAUAGUAAGAAUUGUGAUUCAGAUGCCAUGGUCAUUUGUGAAACAUUGGAAAUAGGAAAUCCCUGUUCCUAUGGUUCUUCAAUUAAAUAUCCGAUGAUCUCGAUGGAAAAUUUCACUAUAAUCACCUGUCAUGAGAAAUGUAUUUCGGAAUCAAAUUGUUGGGCAUAUACCUUCUUCCAAGAAAGUUCAUCGCCCGGGACUUGUGCCUUCCAUUAUGAUGCCAGUAAAGAGACAAACCCACUUUAUGCCGAAGCAACAACAAAACUGAAAUACUGCUAUGAUGGAGAGCUGGUGGAGGCGAUAGAUCAAACAUGGUCCAUAGGAACAAAUGGUGAUUUAGAUGUGCCCAUUUACAACUGCACAUCAAAUACCUUAACCUACUUUCAGCCUUACUACUUAUCACUUGAUCUAUAUAAUGAUACGUGUUCGACUAUGACUGUCACAAACGUGGCCACAUUAACAGUCACGGAUAUGACAACUAACAGCAUGACGGUCUUUAUAACCGAGAGUCCGACAACUGUGGUCACGACAAUAGAAAUACCGACAACUGUUUUGAUGACAACUGUUGUCAUAACAACAGAAAUACCCUCCCAACUCGUAACGACAAUAGUUUCUACUGAAGUUGCCACAACAACAGUGGAAGUUUCGACAACCAUUGCAAUCACAUCAGUCAUUCCGGCCUCUAACGUUACAAUAACGAUAACACCUUCAACCGUUCCUAUCACAACUGUGGUUUCAUCUGAAGUUAUCACAACAACGGCAGAGGUCCCGACAACGAUCACCAUUACUGAAACUCCUUCUGUUAUCAUCUCGACUGUAGCGGUCACCGUUGCUGCGACAUCAACAGUUAUAGUUCCCACAACAGUUGUUCAUUCGGAAGUUGAAACGCUUGCCACAACGGUUCUGAUGACGACUACAGUCCAUGAUAGCACAUGGAGCACCGUAUCUCCGUUAGCCUCGGCGGAAUUGUCCCAGAGGUUAGAAAACAUUGUAAAGAACCUUACGGUACCAAAGAAAAGCACAAACGCUUAUCAGCGCAAAUUGGUUUGUGCGGAAGACAGUCGUCUGUCUGCAAUGUCUUUAGGCUAUGUCGGCGUCAUGCUCCUGCUUAUUCCACUUGCAAUACUUCUCUGUUUUGACAUUCCAUCUGCAGUGGUUCAUAUCAAGAAGCUCAGGGAUUCUUUGCGGAGGUAA